AACCACAGAUGACACUUCAUCAUCAACAGCAUCUAGAAAUGCUUCUUUCCGUCAGAAGCAGAUUUCACCAGUGGUUGGCUGGAAUAAAACAAUACAAGAGAGCAGUAGAACAAACACGGAGAGUAGCCAACACGUCUUCCAGAAAAAUCUGAAAGAAAUGCAACAACUUCUUGAAAAACAGCAUCUCAGCAAUGUGGAGAAUCUUCAUCAAGAAGUCCAGGAAACAGAUGAUUCGGAAAGCUUGUCAAGCCUUGACAGCCUUGAGACCGGAGAAAAAAAUGGAGAUUACACAACACCGAGUGAAUCAUCUUUGACAACACAGUGUGACUGUGCCCUGUACAAUCCAGAAAAAUUACAGACUAGAAAUAAUGGUUCGCUUUGUAUAGCUCAAAGUACUUUUUCUACAACUAUGCAUUUAAAUAAUUGUCUGAGAAAUGCAGAUUUGCAGAACUACCACAACUUACCUAUUCAUGAACUUUUAGCUAAGCAUAUUGCUGAACAUGUAAACAAUUCAGAAUCAUCUGCUUCUCACAGAUCUGGAAAAAGUCCUGCAGAGUUCUCUACCUCUGGUAAGCAAGAAAGCUCUCCAAGUAAUGCAUUUAGUUUCCUGCAAAAUAUAAAAGGAGAAAGAAACAAGUCAUCCUCUGGAACAGCUAGCGCAUUAGCCACUGCUCAUCCUGUUUUCAGUCCUAGCAAAGCCUGGGCCAGCCCUGAUUCUGUUCCAGGAGAAAGACUUCAGGAUCUGAUGCAAGAUCAGAGUUUUAAAAUGACCCCACAAAAAAGAACUGUAUCUGUGCAAACCUCCUGUCAACCUAUUGCAACAUCUAUAAUCUUAUUUCCUAAUCAGGGAUGUUCCACUGGCAUUCCCAGCACUGCUGAUAUGUUACCGAAGGACAAAAAUGUCAUUACACAGUUUUUAAAAAAUAACUCAGGAAAAAUGACUGAAGCAAAAGAAGAAAAUAUUAAAUGUGUUGAUGAUGUUAAUCCAGGAUCAUCUUUAUCUCGGGACAUACCCAAUGCCUCAGUUCUGUGUGAUGUUCAGCAACAGAACACCAAAGAGGAAGAAGAGGGAAAUAUGAUUGAAACUAUAUCUGUGGUGUCUGAUAAAGAGUUUAAUUCUGGCACCUCUCCACAGCACAUAACCCUGAAAAACAAUGUUUUUGAAAGAAAAAGAGCAAGGUUAGUCAGAAGUAUCUUAAAGAAGUAUUCUAAAUAUGAACCCAGUCAUUUCAAAGCUGUGGUUGUGAACCGUGAGACCGGUUUUGGAACUCAACCCAUGUCUUCGAUCAGAGACAGUUUGGAACUGGCCAAAAUAAAAAAGAAAAGCACAGAAGAUGAAAAAUGCAAUAGAAAGCUAAGAUGGUGUGAUCAAAUUAACUGGAUAACGACUGAAAAUCAUGGAAAGUGCUAUGAAAAAAACACCAGUGAAACACCACCUCCUGCCCAGCUGCAACAUGUUCAGACUACAAAUAAUGCUCCUAAGACUAAUUUAAGUAUUGUUCCUCAGCCUUCAAACCCCAUGUUCAUAGCAAAUCAUCAGGAAACCUCUCAUAUAUCAAAGCCAAAUGUUAACACUGAAGAAUCGGACAAAGGAGACACAUCUCUGAAUGGACAUAUGCCUACUGGAUCCUUUUCUGCUAAAAAAGCUUGGAUGGUGUCAAAAGAUGAAGAAAGUAAACCCCCAGUAUGUGGCAAUAAUUCUAAAAUUAAUGAAGGCAAUAAACUCAAAAAUAAGGCAAAAAUGACUAGAAGAACAACAUCUGUAAAAGCCCAGUCAAGUUUUAUGCCCAAGAAGAGAACAGGCACUGUAAUCCAACCGCAGUUGGUCGCUGAAGCCAGCAAAGCUCCAAAAACUCCAAGGAAAUUGCCAGCACCUCACCCACCAUCUGCACCUCUGCCGGGAAACCGAAGUGGCAGAAACGCAGCCGGCCCUGGGUGUCAGCCACUGCUGCCUUCACGGCUUCAAGCUGCCGCCACGAGCUGGAAUGAUGUAAAUGAAAGGCAUGUUUUGUUUUCAGAUUGGGUUUUAAAUCAGAACGGUACAGAAAACAGUGAGAGCAUUACGUGUAGUCCGGACUUGGCCACUGCGAUACCUACACCUGGCCGCAGCCCAGGCCAAUACGAACCUUGGGCAAACGGUACUUGUUCUGUGAACGGUGUUCAGACAAGCGCCUGUCGAACUCAGUCAGUAACUUGCACUGAAAGAAGACCUGUUAAUGCAGAAGAGGGAUUACAUCUCCAUCAUACCCCAACAGCUGGAAAAACAAGUACCUCCUGGCAAGCAGCUUACGUUGCCCGAGCUCCAAAAGACUCUGCUACUGGUAUUGUUCCUGUUACAAGAGAAAAGCAGGGUUUUGACAACCAUGAAAAUGAACACAGAGCUUUUUUGGAUCACGGAAGGCAAAGUGUAGCCUCUAAGAAAUGGAAGCCUACUCAUCAUGCACAGAAUUCAUUGUAUAUUGGCCAGCUGAGUCCUGUUCAAUCUGCAUCUGAGCCGGCACAAAGUAUGAUUAACACCU